UAAGCGGCGGAGCUGUUGGUGUUCGGGUUGUUUGGGUUGUUUACCUCACCGACAGGAGGAUGGAUAAAUAAAUAAAUAAAUAAAGCCCGAGUCUGUCUGUCUGAAACGGGAAACGGUUGACUUUUCUAACCCUAAACCGGCGGGAGAAACGACCCACCGCGCUGCACGCCGGGAAAUAUGUUAACGAGAGAGAGCUGCUGAUUGGAGCUCCGCGGCGUGAGGAGAGACACGGAGACACAUUGAGGACAGACAGGUAGAGACAGAGACAGGGGACACCCAGGAGGACUAGGGACGGAGGAGAAGCUGCUGAAGGUCAGAAACACUCAGUGUCCAUCAAUGUUUCUGUUAGCUGCUAAUGUUAGCAUCUCUACUCUGACCUCACUAUAGGGUAAAUACUGUAGUACUACUGUACUACUACUGUAUUACUACUGAGUACUGCAAACAGACAGACAGAGGAAUAGACAGACAGACAGCAUAAUAUAAUAAAUGUAAACAUGUUUAGAGAUGCUGUGCUCAUGUUCAUCAGGUCAAUAAACAUGUUGCUGCUCCAGUGUUGUGUCUCUUUAACACAAUGUUAGUGUGUAUGUGUCUGUCUGUCUGUCUGUGUGUGGGUGUCUGUGUGUAGACAUGUCUGUCUCUCUGUCAGCAGAGAGAGACAGGAUCCAGCGACAGGUGGAGGAGCUGGAGCAGAGCCUGUCUGUGUCACACGCUGAGCUGGAGCUGCUGAGCAGUGAGACAGGUGAUGAAUCAGAUGCUGAUGAGGAGGACGAGGAGGAGAGACAGUCUGCAGCAGGUCUGCUGGCUCAGAGGGAGAAGAUCCAGAAGGAGAUCCAGAACCUUGAGAACGUCCUGGGACCCCACAGUCCUGUCUGUUUGUCAGAUGACGACGACAGCAGCAGCAGUGAGGAGAGUGAGCUGGGUCUGUCCCCGUCGGUGGACUUGUGUCUUCAGAUGAACCUGGUCUACCAGCAGGUCGUCCAAGAGACUCUGGCCCAGCUGGAGACACUGCUGACACACAACCAGAGACAACAGGAGGAACUGGUGUCUCAGCUGUCUGGACCAAUCAAAGACCCCUCCAGGAAAAGGUCCGCCCCCUCCUCCUGCCAGCAGCCAAUCAACAUGUACCUGGGCCGCUUCCUCAAACCGUACUUCAAGGACAAACUGACUGGACUGGGUCCUCCGGCCAAUCAGGAGACGAAGGAGAAGAGCAGCAGGAUGACUGGUUGCCUGGACGACAAGAAGCUCAAAGUGAAACGAUGGGAGAGCUGGCAGAAGACCCUGCUGGUCCACUCCGUGUCCAGGGACUCUUUGAGGAGACUAGUCCAGCCCAAACUGUCCAGGCUGGACUACCUCAGUCAGAAACUGUCAUCAGCAGCAGAGACAGAAAAACAGCAGCUCCGACAGCAGAUGGACAGUCUGGAGAGAGAGAUCGACCUGCUCAGGAAGAAGAAGGAGGACGAGCUGAUUGGUGAACGGCUUGAUGAACAUGAUUGGCAGAAAAUCUCUAAUGUGGACUUUGAAGGGACGAGGGAGGCAGAGGACAUCCGUCGUUUCUGGCAGAACUUCCUCCACCCGUCAGUGAACAAGAGUCGGUGGAGUCAGGAGGAGGUUCAGCAGCUGAAGGAGAUCAGCUGGAGACACGGAGAGACUCACUGGGAGGAGAUCUCUGAGGAGCUGGGGACAGGGAGGACAGCCUUCCUGUGUCUUCAGACGUAUCAGCGUUUCGUGUCGGGCUCGUUGAAGCGUGGCUCCUGGACAACGCUUGAAGACGAUCUGCUGAGAGAACUGGUGGACAAGAUGAGGAUUGGAAACUUCAUCCCCUACACCCAAAUGAGUUACUUCAUGGAGGGUCGGGAUCCGUCUCAGCUGAUCUACAGGUGGAACCAGGUUUUGGACCCGAGUCUGAAAAGAGGGUACUGGACCAAAGAGGAGGACCAGCUGCUGCUGCAGGCCGUGUCCAAGUACGGGGAGAGGGACUGGUGGAAGAUCCGUUUUGAGGUUCCUGGACGAACCGACGGCGGCUGCAGAGACAGGUAUUUAGACUGUCUGAAGGCGGAGACCAAGAGGGGACCGUUUGACGAGCAGGAGAAAGAUCUGCUGCUGCAGCUGGUGGAGAAACACGGAGUCGGUCGCUGGGCGAGGAUCGCUGCAGAGAUUCCUCAUCGUCAUGACGCUCAGUGUCUCAGAGAGUGGAGAAAGCUGAACAAACCUCCUGCUGAGAAUGAUAGAAAGCCUAAAAGAAUGCCACUGCGUCGUGGAGGAGAGAAGAAGAAGAGCAAGAGGGCGGGAACAGCCAAGAGGAAAACCAACAAACGAGUGAUGAAGAUAAAAGAGGAGAGCAGCGAGGAGGAGGAGGAGGAGGAGAUGAAGGUGGAGUACAUAGACAGUGAGGAUGAGAAUAAGAAGGGUAUCGUGAGGGUUGAGGAGCAGCAGGAGGAGGAGGAGGAGGAGGAGGAGAAGCCGUACAUCGUCCCUCCCAUGCAGGACUGGAUUCCAUCCGAAAAAUCUGAAAAAAUAAAGGGACCUUUCAGCUUCCUGAGCUUUCGCCUGGUGGAGAUGCCUUCUUCUGGAGCUGCCCAGCAUCCUGUCCGCUCCACCGUCCUGGGUCGGUCCGGGCGCUCCGUGGUCAUCGGGCGGCGCCCUGAGGAAGUGGCAUGGGAGAAGCGCCAUGGCAGUGGGACAAUGCUGAUGGUGUCAGCCGACCAGCUGCGAGUGCACCUGCAGCGUCAGAAGAGCCCCAGCUCCCGGAGGAAGACCCGGACCGGCCGGCAGGACUCCGUGGCCCGGGGGGACCGGGCGCUGAGCUGUGACCUGCAGGCCGCCGUGACACCUUGGAUCGGCAACCUGCUGCUGCCGCUGAAGGAGCAAGUGACGGCGGCGGACGCUCUAAGGGAGCAUGGAGAGGCGACCCGGCUGCCCUCCACCCCCUUCUUCCAGCUGCUCCUGCAGGUGAUGAACGUGGAUGCCGCCGGCUGUAAGAUGAUGAUCGAGCAGAGGAAGAACAAAGAGGUGUGCCUGUCACCGCCCAAACCACGCCCCCUCGCCGUCCCACGGGCGACCACCAUCGCAGGACUCCUGCAUCAGAAGAAAGUCAUGGCAGAGGGACAGAACAGGCAGAUCCCGUCCUCUCCAAGUCGCCCACCCGUUCUUCUUCAGAUGUCUCCUAUCAUACGUCCUCUAAUGUCUCCCGUGGCGUUCCCUCAGGCUGCCCUGGUUGCUUGCGGCACCUCGCUCCAGAUAUCGCCUCCAUCUUCCCUGAACACGCUUCCGGCAGCUCCAUGCGGAUCUCCUCCUGUAGGGUUCGUCCCCUCUUUGUUACCUGCAAAUACUGCAAAUCCUGCAAAAAAUGAUGGACUGAGUGUCCCUCCUGUCCCUGAGGUCCCAGGACCUCCCUGCUUCCCCCCAGGGACUCUUUCCUCUAACCAGCAGGUGUCUCUUGGUCCCCCGCUGCGCCCUCAGCACGCCGCUCCCUCCCCCAGUCCGUCCAGCUGCACCCCGGGGUCGGCCACCAGAGGGAAAGGGCUGGAGGGGGAUGACGCGGUCUCCAGCAGUCAGGGGGAUGUGGGCACAGUCACUGCAGGUGAUGUGGCUGGAGCCACGGGUGAUGUGGGCGGGGCGAGUGACGGCGCGACCGAAGGAGGACGGAGGACUCUGAAGCCGUCUCGGAAGGCCAGUUCUCUGCAGGAGGUCACUGAGGCCAAGUCCGAAGCCAAAAAUAAAUCAGCUUCAACUCCACGAAAGAGACUUCAGAUCCAGACCGUUGUCCCUGCUCCUCCUCAGCUGGUACCUCAGAAUCCACCCUCCACCAUAAGGACCAGUCAGCACACUGCUUUCUCCACCUCCUGCCCCCCUGCUCCUUUCCCCAACGAUCACAACUACUCCUCCUCCAGUCCUGGUCCCAGUCCACGUGGCUCAAAAUCAAUUAAAUCAGACUCUGACUCCGCCCCCAACAAGCGCCCUAGAGCCCCACCCAGCAGGAGGAAGCGGGGGCGGGGGGAGGAGCCAACAGGCGGGGAGGAGCCAGUGGGCGUGGCCAGCAGUCAGGACAGCGAGCCGGCGGGCGGGACAGGCGCAGGCAUGGUCCAGGAAGGAAAGGAAGGAAAGAGGGUCCGGAACCCGACUCAGAGGGCCAGAGCCCUGCAGCAGGCCACUCAACAGAAGGUGAAACAGGCUGAAGAAAAGAAGAAGAGAACUUCUUCUUCUUCUCCUCGUAAGAAGCGAUCUCGUCCGUCUCGGCCGGAGAACAGAGUCCUGGUCCCGAAGCAGCCGGCUCAGCCCGCCAGGUUCUGUCUAGUGCCUAGCCAGCAGGUGUUUGUCAUGACUCCUGCUGGGCUGGUCCAGCUGACACGAGCCCCGCGCCCAGGCCUGCAGCUGGCAGUGGCACCAAGGGCCCCCCUCCCACUGAGGGCUAGUGUAAACUGUCCGCUGGCCAUGCGCUGUCAGCCAUCAGUCGCACCUAAACCAACCGCCAACCCCAGUGCCUCCCCCCCGCCAGCCUUCCACCCACAACCGCCCCAAAAACUCUUCCUGCCAUAUAUGGGCAGAACAGACCCGGCAGCGCCCCCUCGCCUCAGGACGGAGGCGCUGCAAUUCGACCCCUCCCUGAUGUUCCUGGAGCCCGGUAGAGCGGUGUGUGACUGGCUGAGCGGCCGGGGAGGGGUGGCGGUGCCCGGGGCAGGUGUGGCUCUGCCGUACCUGCCGCCAUUCGUCAGCAGCCUGAACACGCUCAGUGGGCUGCUGCGGGCCAAGAAGUCUCUGACCAAAUCCUCCUUGCAGCUGCUGAGUCGAGGGUCCGAACCCCGGCAGCCCCCGACCAAAGCCGCACCUGAAAGCAGCACAGAGGAGCCGACUGGUCAGUCAUCGGACCUGCCGGACUCCACCUCUGACCUCACAGCAGCACAGGAAACACCAGCACCCUCUGCCAGCCCCGAGGAGGAGGAGGAGGAGGUGGAGGUGGAGCUUGUGGCGGUGGCACGUCAGCUGGUGGCGGAGCGUUUCUCAGGUAACCCCGCCUAUCAGCUGCUGAAGGCACGCUUCCUGUCCUGCUUCACUGUCCCCGCCCUCCUGGCCAGCCUGCAGCCAAUCAGAGAGCAGACUGUGGCUGACCCCGCCAGUGAGGAGGAGGAGGAGGAGGAGGAGGAGGAAGAGGAGGAGCAGGAGCAGCAGGAGGAGCAGAACAAAUACAGAGGAGGUCUGAGGAGAGUCAAGAAGUCUUUGCUACUGUCUGACCAGUCAGGAGCUCCGGCCAAUCACGACUCAGGAAUCAACACUGGCACACCUGGACCAGACUGGACCGGACCGGACCGGACCAGCAGAACCCAGAUGAUUCAGAUCUAAAUGUUUAGUUCCUAUAAAAAGUUUUCAUUCUGAAAGUUCAGUUUUUGUCUUUUCUGAAUUUAAAACUGUGAAACUUCUGUGAUGCGUUCAAAGACCGUCUCAAAAAUGAAAUGGGAAUUACAGUUGUUUAGUCAGUCAGAUUCUGCUGAAAAUAAAAUAAUCUCCAGAUUCAUUUAAAAAAUUUUAAAUUAAGUUUUAGUAUGCAGGAGAAAAUAAAAACAUCUUUGGUUCGUUUAGGAGCUGCAGGACACCAGAGUGACACAGAAUGAAUCAGUUUGUUUGUUUGUUUGUUUGUUUGAGCUUCUGUAAAGGAAAAGUUUUGUAAUUAUGUUUUCUAAUAAAGAGAAAGUUUCUGUGAAAUGAAGCGGCAUGCGCUCGUCUGUUUGUUUAUU